ACUGGACUCUCCCAAGCGCUUAGUACAGUGCCCUGCACACGGACACGAUGGGCCCUGCCCGUUUCCAUCUACGUGGCCUGCUCUUCGUCCAGCUGCUGUCCUGGACGACGGGUGCCCGCCCCUGCGUCCCCCGCAGCUUCGGCUACGGCUCCGUCGUCUGCGUCUGCAACGCCACUUACUGCGACUCGCCGGGCCCCCUGACCCUGCCGGCCCCGGGCACCUUCAGCCGCUACGAGACCAGCCGGGCCGGGCGCCGGUUUGAGCUGAGCCAGGGUGCCAUCCGCCCCAACCGCACGGGCAGAGGUCUGCUGCUGACCCUGCGGCCGCAGCAGCUGUUCCAGCGCAUCAAGGGGUUCGGGGGGGCCAUGACGGACGCGGCCGCCCUCAACAUCCUGGGCCUGAGCCCGCCCGCCCAGGACCAGCUGCUGCGGGCCUACUUCUCCGAGGAUGGCAUCGAGUACAACGUGGUGAGGGUGCCCAUGGCCAGCUGCGACUUCUCCAUUCGCGUCUACACCUACGCCGACUCGCCCGGCGACUUCCAGCUGCUCAACUUCAGCCUCCCCGAGGAGGAUACCAGGCUCAAGAUCCCCCUGCUGCACCGGGCCCUGGCCCUGGCCGCUCGCCCGGUGUCCCUGUUCGCCAGCCCCUGGACGGCUCCCGUCUGGAUGAAGACCAACGGGGCCGUGAAUGGGAAGGGCACCCUCAAGGGCCAGCCGGGGGACCGCUACCACCGCACCUGGGCCGACUACUUUGUCAAGUUCCUGGACGCCUACGCGGCCCACGGCCUGCGGUUCUGGGCGGUGACGGCGGAGAACGAGCCGUCGGCCGGCCUGCUGAGCGGCUACCCCUUCCAGUGCCUCGGCUUCACGCCCGAGCACCAGCGCGACUUCAUCGCCCGCGACCUGGGCCCCGCGCUGGCCGCCAGCGCCCACAGUGCCACCCGCCUGCUCAUGCUGGACGACCAGCGCCUGCUGCUGCCCCGCUGGGCGCAGGUGGUGCUGGGGGACCCCUCGGCGGCGCGGUACGUCCACGGGGUGGCCGUGCACUGGUACCUGGACUUCCUGGCGCCCGCCAACGCCACGCUGGGCGAGACGCACCGGCUGUUCCCGGACACGAUGCUCUUCGCCUCCGAGGCCUGCGUGGGCUCCAAGUUCUGGGAGCAGAGCGUGCGGCUGGGCUCCUGGGACCGCGGCAACCGCUACAGUCACAGCAUCAUCAGCAACCUGCUGCACCACGUGGCGGGGUGGACCGACUGGAAUUUGGCCCUGAACCCCGACGGGGGGCCCAACUGGGUGCGGAACUUCGUGGACAGCCCCGUCAUCGUGGACCUCGCCCACGACGCCUUCUACAAGCAGCCCAUGUUCUACCACCUGGGUCACUUCAGCAAGUUCAUCCCCGAGGGGUCGCGGCGAGCGGGGCUGGACGCCAGCGGGCCCUCGGAGCUGGAGGCCGUGGCCGUCCUGAGGCCCGACGGGGCCGCCGUGGUGGUCGUCCUCAACAGCUCCUUCCGGGACGUGCCGCUGACCCUGGAGGACCCCGCGACGGGCUUCGUCGAGAGCCUGGUGCCCGCUCACUCCAUCCACACCUACCUGUGGCGGCGGCGCCGGGGGGCGGGGGGCGGGCCGCCGGGCCGCGCCGCCGCCGGGCAUUAAAGGAGGAGGAAGCAGCGUGUGGCUACGUCGGUGGGCG